CGCGGGUCAUCGUAUGCGCGAUUUCGCCUGCGGACGAACCGAAAUAAAUCGAACGACGCCGAGUCGAUCAGCGGUACGGCGUUCGUUGGACGUACGUGCGCGUUUCGCGUUAGUGAUGAUCAAAACGGACCGUCGUCGUCGCCGUGGUCGCUCGUGGCACAGCACGCAGACGAAGCAGCCGUGAUCCGCGAGCCGCGAGCCGCGCUCCGCGUUACGAGUCGCGAGGCAGAGGGAACACCGAGAACCCGCGUCGUCGUCGCGCUCCGCCGCAGCGCUCACGGAUGCAUAUGGAGGUGUCCCCGAACCGGCGCUGUCUGAACCAGCUCAACAGCUGAUCGGAGCACGAAGCGGCGGUGAACGGGGCUACUAUCGCACCACCACCCCGCGUUUCGGAGAAACUCAGUCUCGUGGUCCUCUAGGUGAAAGAUAAGAGAGCGAGAGAGAGAGAGAGAGAGAGAGAGGAGAGCACUGAGAGAGAGAGAAGAGAGAGAGAGAGAGAGAGAAAGAGCCCGUAAAUCUCCCGGCAAGAGAUCUGUAUCCUUACGUCCGGCAAGAGGAUAGGAGGAUAGCGAGCAAGGGCGAAGUGUCUUUUCGCUCGCUUGGACACGCCAUCAUGGUGAAAACUUUUCAAGCGUAUCUACCUUCCUGUCACCGCACUUACUCGUGCAUUCACUGCCGUGCUCAUCUCGCCAAUCACGACGAACUCAUCUCUAAGUCCUUCCAGGGCAGUCAAGGUCGUGCCUAUCUUUUUAAUUCUGUGGUGAACGUAGGUUGCGGUCCCGCGGAGGAGCGAGUUCUGUUAACUGGGCUGCACGCUGUCGCUGAUAUCUAUUGCGAGUGCUGCAAAACCACCCUAGGGUGGAAAUACGAGCAUGCGUUCGAGUCAAGUCAAAAGUACAAGGAAGGAAAAUUUAUAAUCGAACUUGCCCAUAUGAUCAAGGAGAAUGGAUGGGAAUGAAAUGCAGUGGGGAAUAGAAGAGUUCCCCGUGCCUCUCAUCAAACUUUUCCUGAUAAUGCCUACGACGUUGUUCUAAUUGCAAUGUACGGCCCCUCUCUAUUCGAACCACCAACGAAAGUCUGUGAUUUCAUUUGUGAUUUAUAAUCUUAGUAAUCUUCGUUUCGGACAAUUCAAACACAACAUCGGUUUGCCUCUGAUCAAAUCGAGCAAGCGAAGGUCGAUCGCGGCGAUCCGUAUUCGUCGGUGGACACAUCACCAAGUAUUGUAAAGAAAUUAUUUUUCAAUGGAAGAAAAAAGUAGAGUAAGAUGACGAUGUCAAGUAAUGGUGGAACAUGACGAUGAAGGUGCCAUGGUGGAAAUAGAAAAGCGAGAUUGCUCGGUACGAGCAGUGGGGUGCCCCCCCUCCCUAAUUUUGAUUCAUUAUCUUUGUAGACAUUGCGUGCAGUCGUGUGUCGACACUGAAUGUUAAAAAUUAAACGUGCGGGGCACCCCGACAAUCAGUUUUAUCUGUUUUACGCACCGGAACAGCGCAAGUGCCACAGACUUUGCCGGACUGAUUGCCUGCCUGCCGCGUCUGUCAUUGGAAUUUCACUGCCGAUAUUCCUAAUAUUAAUUAAGAAUACUGCGCCGUGUUUAGACGGCGUAGUGGUAGUCCUAGUUUAGCAUACAUUAUAGAGUACUAAAGCCUAUAUUACAUUAUUAUAGGACUUCGUGGAUAUAGAGAAUAGGAAUGAAUAAGAGUAAUGGAGGCAAGAAGAGCAAAAGAAAGAAAGAAUUGUGAAUGAAUGAAAGAACGAGAGAGAGAGAGGGAGUAGCUAAGAGGGAGAUGCAAAAGAAAAAGUCUGGUUAAGUGUCACGUGUACAUGUUUGGUUUUACGUUCAUCAUACCUGCCAAACUGUCUGUUUAUCUGCCAGUUGCCACUGUUGUUACAGUAGUAUCAUGUUGUAACGUUUACGUUAUUAUCGCCUGAAUAGGAUGCGGUGUGAUUGAAGUUUUCGUUGUCAAAUCUUGAAACUGCGCCUUCCUAUGCACGCAAUAUAUCUGAAAUAUAAAGAAAAGGAUAACUGUGCUCGUUUUCUUCUCAAUAUCUCGAUCUCGAUCAUCAUAUAUUUUAUAAGAUCCAACUGUAUUUACGCAGAGUUGAUUGUUCGUAAUGACAAUCGCGCGAUCCUAUCAAAAGAUAAUUUCACUUUAUUAGUCACCAAACUUUCAAUUACGCAAGUUUGAUUAUCCGUAAUAAAGUUAUCGCUUCUUAUACCACGUUGAUGCGUUUUCACGCGACGUGAGCCUUUGCGUGAGAAAUUUUCCAUCGGAAUAUCAUUAUAGAGGCUGAUUAUAUAUCAUUUGUGCUCUAUUCCUCGACGAGCUCUUCCGUUGCUAUCUUCUUGUUACGAUUAUCGAAACGACAGUUGAACAAAAUUCCCAGAAUUCAUGGCGAGUGCACUUAGUAGAAAAUCGGAUAAAUAUAAGUUGCGUCUGUGCGUGAUACUUAACGACCCAACUAACGACUUGUAUAAAUUUAUCACAUUAAUCCUACCGGUCAAGUCGACCAACUCGUGACAUUGAUCGACGUUUAAAAAAAAAGCAUCACUUCUAUUUCAUGCGCGUGCUAUUAUUAUAUUAACAGGAAGAUAGCUCUAUCGUGUUUAUUGCAUCGAGCAAUAAUCUGUUUAUAUUGUAUAAAGUACUUUGUAUCUCAUAUAUCAGCGAUCUUCGUUUGCACUGUGUUUUCCACUAGAAAAUUAUACGUAGACAAAUCAUGUGUUUAGCUUUCAAGUGCAUACAUAUGAACGUGCAGUGUAUUUGUGCAGCGUAUGUAGACAAAAAUGUUUGCCUAUCUAUCUUUUGGACAGAUUGACCGAUCGACUGACCGACCUGACUGAUCGAACGAAUAAAUACUUGAAUAAAUGAACGAAUGAAUGAGUGUGUCGGCCUAAUAUUCACGCUGUCACUCAAAGAAUACUUUUUAUAUUAAUGUGCCGAUAUCCUUAUCCGCACUCACCUUUUCGGAACCUUGUUAAAAUGUACCUAUCGACACCAACUCUGUAGUCUUCAGCCUCCACAACUUCCACCAUCACAAGAUUUUGCUUUGUAAAACGUGUUCUUAAUAAAAGGAAAAAAAGAAGAAAGUAUUGAAGGU